AUGCCAACUUUACGUCAAGACCAAUUAACAGAUGCGUCGCCAGUUUUGGAGGCUAAAAGAUGUGCGAUUUUGGAUAAACUUCAAGUUCGCGGAGGAAUCGAGUAUUUGGUCAUGAUGCGGCUGUCUACGACGAAAGUGAAAUGGAAAUGGAACCCGACAAAUGCAUCGAGCAUAAGUAUACAAUGA